CCGAAAGGAGCCGUGCAGCACGUUUUACCAUAUAUUAUUCCGCUAUAAUAAACGGCCUUUACUAUACCAUAUCCGCCUUGUCCAGAGUCUCAACUUGGUCUCGCUUCUCAUAUACUUAUUCAUCAACAUUUGUAGAUCAAUCAGUCGCCUGCAGUGUCGAACCAGCCCAAUACCAAACCAAUCAGGUGGUUGUUCGAUUAAAUGAAUCUUCAGACGUCGUUGAUGACGUGCUGCUGAUAAAGUGAUACAGGCAUUAAUUAACACACUGCUUUGAAGUUUACUGCUUGGAGAUUUGGACGCAUGCCUCGAAGCUCCGGUAUCAAACGUAACAUCCCUACCGAAAAGUUGACAAAACAAAAAGGAGCAAGGUGGUAUGAUUUUCAAAAGUCAUGCUUUCCUACACGUUAACUUGUUGUCUGAAAAUUAAAUAUACGUUUUACUCAACUGCGUUACCCACUCCAGUCAGCAAAUGGCGGUCUGGGAAUUUAAGGUUAUGCUGUUAUUGUGACGUAUGAUCUAGUGGACGGAACGCUUCUUUCAGCAGCAGCAACAGUUAGUCAGCCACCUCGGUAGCUUGCUAGACAAAAUAGCCGAACCAAUAAAGCUCUUUAGACGCUUUCGUGUAUAUUAGCCACUGUGUUUUAAACCCACUUCUGUCAUCUAGUUAGUUAUCCGUUUUAAUUUCAUAUUUACGGUGUUGUUGUUAUUAGUCAGCUAGCGAGCUGGUUAAGUUAGCAUUGGCCUAGCUAACAUCUCCGACCAUGCGGCCAGUAAGCUACUCUCCUUCUAAUGAAGAGGAGGCUAUCACAAUAAAACAAGAAGUAGAGGGUGAAAGAGGAGGAGUAUGCAGUUUAUGGAUUGAAAGAGGAGGAGGGGGAGAUGACCGUCCCGUCCAAAAAGGAGGAGGAAGAAGAGGAGGACCCUGGAUAUCUGGGCCCGGUUUCCCAAACGCAUCUUAAGGUGUCCGAUGGUUCUAACCGUGCAGUUAGCCAUAAGAUGGUUUUGAGAAACCGUUCCCUGAUAAACACUAGAGAGAUACAGGACUAUCGUGGAUCCUCUGGGGAGCCUGAACAACCUCAUGAUGCUGAUGAGGCAGAGAAGAGUCUCUCCACAUCAGGACAUGUCAAGAAACACCUGCAGAGACCCACUGGGAAGAGAACUCACUGCUGCUCUGACUGUGGGAAGAGAUUCACCUCCUCAUCAGGCAUUAAAAUUCAUCAUAGAAUCCACACAGGAGAGAAGCCUUAUAGCUGUGGUCAAUGUGGGAAGAGUUUUUCUACUUCUAGAUAUCUGACUAUACACCAGAGAACACACACAGGAGAGAAACCAUAUAGCUGUGGUCAAUGUGGGAAGAGUUUUGCUAGAUCAAACAUUCUGACAUUCCACCAGAGAAUACACACAGGAGAGAAACCUUAUAGCUGUGACCAAUGUGGGAAGAGUUUUACUUCAUCUAGCAGUCUUAUUGUACACCAGAGAACACACACAGGAGAGAAACCUUACAGUUGUGAUCAAUGUGGGAAGAGUUUUACUUCAUCUAGUGGUCUUAUUGUACACCAGAGAACACACACAGGAGAGAGACCUUAUAGCUGUGAUCAAUGUGGGAAGAGUUUUAAUUCAUCUAGCUGUCUUACUGUACACCAGAGAACACACACAGGAGAGAAACCGUUUAACUGUGAUCAAUGUGGGAAGAGUUUUACUACUUCGAGCUAUCUGACUCUACACCAGAGAACACACACAGGAGAUAAACCUUUUAGUUGUGGUCAAUGUGGGAAUAGAUUUGCGACAUCUGGUUCUCUGACUGUACACCAAAGAACACACACAGGAGAGAAACCUCAUAGCUGUAAUCAAUGUGGGAAGAGAUACUCUGAUAAAAGAUCUCUUAUUAAACAUCAGAAAAUACAUGAAGGAGUUGUUUCAUGAUAUCAAUGAAUUAAUGUUUUAACAUCGUAGGAGUAUUUUUAUGAUGUCACAAUGAAGCUUUAAACGUUUGCCCCCUUAUCAAUUGAUUUCAACAUGAUAUGGAUAUUAGCCCCAGCUGCAAUAUACAGGCUCUGAAAUGAAAUAGUUACUAUUUAUGAGAUUUAACAAAAAGUGACUAACAAAAAAAAGGUUUGUUAGCUCGUUAGUCAGUAUGUGUUAAACCUGUGCUGACUUGUCCAUCUCGUUAGUGGGAAGGUGUUUCACCUGAGCUGGUCCAGGUUCUAUUUAAUAGUGUCUGGGCCAGUGCUCCAGUUGUCUUGAUAGAUGUAGAGAGUCAACACCUUCAGUUGCUCAACUUUUUUGGUUUGCUUCCUGUCUUUCAGUUUGUUUUGGGUUUUUCUUUUGUUUUCCUCUUGGGCAGAUUUAGUGGGUCUCAUGGUGGGUGUCUUUUAGGUCCCAGUUGUUGUUACUAGUCAACUUUCAGUGAACACCAUAGUGUCUAUCGGAACCCCUCCUAAAAAACAAGUUAUGUUUUGGGUUGGAUGUAGCAUAUUGUUAAUAUUUUAAUCAAUGGCAUUUCCUUACAAUGCUCAUUAGUCUUUCAGUUGUUAGUCUUCUGUUUUUUAUUCUCAUUGUUUUGCAUCCAUGUCUGAAAUGUGCUGUAUAAAUAAAGCUUGAUAUGGUUUGAACAUAUUGCAAAAACAAAUUAACCCAAUGAAUGAUCAAUCAACAGACUCUUGGUCCAUCUUAGUAUGAAAAACAGUAUAUUCCCACUUUUCCAGCCUGCUAAAGGCGAGGUGGAGUGGUAAACACCACCCCUGGCUCUACCAGGGGCUUGAGGUGGUCUCCCACAGCUCUGCUUAUGUCAUGUUCUGUGGCUUUGCCGUUCCAUUUCUUGACUGCCCCUGCAACACAUUUAGUCAUAUUAAAUAAAACAAGAUAUGGAGCAUCUAAGGCCUCAGUUACCCCUGGAACCUAAAUGUGACUUCUGUCAUCUGAUCAUUCCAAGCUGCAUUAGGUCUGGAUGCACAAAAGUCACAAUAUGCUGCAUUAUGUUUAGAUCAGCCAGGAUGGGCAUUGUGUUCCGAAUUUGAGUCUGGCCACCAAAUAUGCAUAAACAAUGUAAAAG